AUGCUAUCUUGUUCCCUUACCCUGAAGCUUCCACAAUCUGAAAAGACCUUCGAUAUGAAACCAUGCUCAUUGUUCAAACACAAAGACACGAUGCCGAUCACCUCACCAAGACGGCACUACAAGAAUAUGGAUAGGUGCGAUGUGGAAGGGGGAACCGGUCGAGCUAGGAGAGCAGCAACAUCGGUGCAGGUGGUGUGUUUGGCAGUGGAGCUCGACGAGAAGAAGGGCAGGAAAUCGAUGGGUGUAUGUUUGUUUUGCUUGACAGAAUCAAUGGGCUGUAAAUCACUAGGUUUAGGUAUACAUGAAAAGAACAAGAAUGCUCUUGUGUUCUUGGCUGGGAACGAAUGCAGAAGGGAAGAACAAGGAUAUGUGUUGAUUGUAUUGGUUUAUUAG